AUGAAAUGAAAAGCUAUAAACUUCAACCACCCCCAACACCAAACACAAAUACUAACCCCAACAGCAACAGCACAGCAGCCGCAAGUACAACCACGCGCCACCCUUCAGCGUCCUCUUUCUCCUUUAUCAACCGCCGUCGGCACCCUCCGCCCAUACACCAUAGCCUUACCGAUAAAUCCUCAGAGACGGAACCAAACAAAUUUUGAAAAAGAAAAAAGUAGUAAAGAGAUGGAAGUGAAAGCAAAAAUCGCUCCUUCGAUGCUGUCCUCUGACUUCGCCAAUUUGGCCUCUGAGACUCAACGGAUGCUCAAUUCCGGCGCCGAUUGGCUCCACAUGGACAUCAUGGACGGGUAAGGUGUCUUUGUUUUUCUUAUGCUGCUAUCUUUGUCCUGAAUCAGUGAACCCUGAGGUUGUUGCUACGCUGGCCUACGCCGAGUUGACUACUGGCCACUGGGGCAUUUUGUCCCGAAUUUGACCAUUGGUGCUCCAGUUAUUGAAAGUUUGAGAAAGCACACAACGGCUUAUUUGGACUGUCACCUGAUGGUUACAAAUCCUAUUGAUUAUGUUGAGCCUCUGGGGAAAGCUGGUGCUUCUGGUUUUACAUUUCAUGUAGAAACAUCUAAAGAUAACUGGCAAGAACUUAUUCAAAGAAUUAAGUCACUGGGCAUGAGGCCUGGUGUAGCAUUAAAGCCUGGAACACCUAUUGGAGAUGUUUAUCCUCUGGUUGAAGCUGAAGCCCCUGUUGAAAUGGUUCUUGUGAUGACUGUAGAGCCUGGAUUUGGCGGACAAAAAUUUAUGCCAGAGAUGAUGGAUAAGGUACGGAUACUGAGGAAGAAGUAUCCAUCACUUGAUAUAGAGGUCGAUGGUGGUUUAGGGCCUUCGACCAUAGAGAUGGCUGCGUCUGCCGGGGCAAACUGCAUUGUCGCAGGAAGUUCGGUUUUUGGAGCCCCUGAACCAGCUGAAGUAAUAUCCUUACUGAGGAAUUCUGUUCAGAAAGCCCAGCAAAAAUGUUGAUAAAGUAUAUAGAUCCUCCAGUUGUGUUUACAGCAGAAUCCACGAAUUGACAUACACUUAUCAAUCUACAUAAUGUGCCAACAUUUUGAUGACUCGAAUAAAAGCCCAUGUGAUUCAUUGAUGUUAAUGUCUGUAUCUAGUGUACCUUUAUGAAUUGUGCAGGCAUAUAUAAUACUAAAUCUUCAAGUUUGGUUUCGAUUA